AGAUUAAUAGGUCAGAAGUUCAGGGCUGUGGCUGCCUCUUUUUUCUUUUUCAAAUUUACUUAAUUAAAAAAGAAUUUGUAAGGUUGUAUUUUGCAGAUUUACUGAUGAUGUUCUGUGGAGGAAAUUAAAAAAAAAAAGUCCUGGCUUGGCGUCAGAGCUGAAGGGGUGCUUAGGUGUCUGUGAGACCUUUAAUGACCUGUUUUGGGAGCAAUCUUCCUCACCAUAGAGAAAUCAGAUGGCAUCGGAAAACACCCCAAAAUAAAGAGGUGUGCUAGCUGCUGGGGAGCUAGACUGGCUGGGGAUACUUAUUAAAGUAUCCAAUAAGCUUUUUGCCACACUUUUUUUCUGGAGCUGUGAUAUGAUUUAAUUCUACCUGAUGAACGUGCGUGUCUGGUCCCAAGAAGAAAAAGAUGUUCUUCAGAGUUUAAAGCAAGAAGCGAAACCCGGGCCUUAAGAUUCCAAAAGAAGCAUUCGAACAACCUCAGACCAGUUCCACGCCACCUCGAGAUUUAGACUCCAAGGCUUGCAUUUCUAUUGGAAACCAGAACUUUGAGGUGAAGGCAGAUGACCUGGAGCCUAUAGUGGAGCUGGGGCGAGGUGCGUACGGGGUGGUGGAGAAGAUGCGACACGUGCCCAGCGGGCAGAUCAUGGCGGUGAAGCGGAUCCGGGCCACAGUUAAUAGCCAGGAGCAGAAACGGCUACUGAUGGAUCUGGACGUUUCCAUGAGGACAGUGGACUGUCCCUUUACCGUCACCUUCUAUGGUGCUCUCUUCCGGGAGGGUGACGUCUGGAUAUGCAUGGAGCUCAUGGAUACGUCACUAGAUAAAUUCUACAAACAAGUUAUUGAUAAAGGCCAGACAAUUCCAGAGGAUAUUUUAGGGAAGAUAGCAGUUUCUAUUGUAAAAGCAUUAGAACAUCUACACAGUAAGCUCUCCGUCAUCCAUCGAGAUGUCAAGCCUUCUAACGUGCUCAUUAACGCUCUGGGCCAAGUGAAGAUGUGUGAUUUUGGAAUCAGUGGCUACCUGGUCGACUCUGUUGCUAAAACGAUUGACGCGGGCUGCAAACCAUACAUGGCGCCUGAACGAAUAAACCCGGAGCUCAACCAGAAGGGGUACAGUGUGAAGUCUGACAUUUGGAGUCUGGGCAUCACCAUGAUUGAGCUGGCCAUCCUCCGGUUUCCCUAUGACUCUUGGGGAACUCCCUUCCAGCAGCUAAAGCAAGUGGUAGAAGAGCCAUCCCCGCAGCUCCCGGCAGACAAGUUCUCCGCAGAGUUUGUUGACUUUACCUCACAGUGCUUGAAGAAAAAUUCCAAAGAACGGCCCACGUAUCCAGAGCUUAUGCAACACCCAUUUUUCACCCUACACGAAUCCAAAGCGACAGAUGUGGCAUCUUUUGUAAAACUGAUACUUGGGGACUAAAAAGCCAUGGACUUAACUUAACUGGUUGAUCCUACUGUGGAUUGGUGGGCUUACAGGGUGAAGUGAGUUCAUUACAGCGCCAACAAGAAAGUCAUCUUGAGAUCAUUGAACCCUGCCUUCCUGAGGGUUUUCUCUCCCUAAUUUUUCUUUUUCUUCUCCAAAGGGGGCCUUGGAAUCUCUAGUAUAGAAUGAACUCUCUAGAUGGAUGAAAUAUGAUAAAGGCUUAGGACUUGAAAAGGUGAUUAAAUAUUUAAUGGCGAGUCAUACGAGUCCUCAAGCUUCUCAGAUUUCUCGUGUUCUUUACAAAAUGAGUGCAUUGGCCCUGGUAACAAGGUGCUACAGUAGUGAUGAAAUUGUAAAGUAGAUUUGUAGUGUAUCCCACUUAUUAUUUUAAUAUUUAUGUUUCAGUGCUUGGUUGGAAAUAUUCCAUUUUAUGCAAGAAGGGAGAUACAGAAGCAAGGCUGACUCGGCAGUAUUUAUAGGGCUUUUAUUUUUUAAGUUCAAUCAUGUUUGUGGUCCAGAGGAAGUUAUUUAAUAUGCAUCUUUAAAGAAUAUUAUAAAAAUCUCAAACAAAGGGGCUCUUCCUGUGCAGUGUGGCUUGCAGCUGUCGUGGCUGCUGUGCCAAAAGUUCAACUCAAUCCUGGGUAACCACUGCAUCUUUUGAAUGAAUUGUCAAAGUGUCUUUCUUGAUCAUAUCCCAACCCCCAACUUUGGAAAACAUGAAAGUCACUUGUGUCAUGGCUCAAAGAGUAAAAAACAAAGCAAAACAAUGGUUCUCUUCAAAUUUGUUGUAUAGUUUUAGUGGAAAAUGAAAAUCAUGGAAAAUGGUGUGCUUUUUAUCUCAACUUAUCUUUCUCUCUCUCUCUGUCUCUGCGCAUUUGUGUAUAUAUGUGUGUGUUUGUGUGCGUGCACGUGUGUGUUUGUGUGUUCUUUUGUUAAGCCAAGUCCCACCAAGUAGAUUCUAGGAACACCUCUAUUAGAAGGACACCAGUCAGUCAUGAGAGGAGAUUUGAGAACUCAGAGAGAAAGGAAGCUUUCUGAUCUUGAGUCUCCUCCAUGGAUGUGCCCCCCUCCCCCCGGGCCCGGCCUUUGUAACUCAUGAGCUACCUUGCUUUGCUUGCUUUCAUAAGCCAUACAGAAGCCUUAUUAUGCGACAGGCUGUGGAAGAAGAAGAGGAAAGACAGCGUCCUUCAGGAUACUGCCUCAGAACAGACUGCUGAGCUGUCAUAGACUCAGGUCAUGUCAGAUGUUUCUAUAGUACCAUGGAGGGGCCAGCUCCACUUUCAAAUUCUAGCAGAUUGACUAAACAACCGACUCUUCCCUUGUGGUUAAAGGCACCAUGGGUUCUCUAGGUUAAGCUUCUGUGGCCCUCUAGGGUUAAGAAGUUUUAUGAGUGGCAGGGAAAAGAUAGACUUUUGCUAAUUAGUGAGGAGCCAUUGCUUUGGGACUCAGUAUUAAUACAAGGACAUUAUUAGAAUAUGAAGACAACAAGAUGCUGAUAAAAAGGGAAGAAGGAAAAAUACACCUUUUCCCCCUUCCCUGACCUCUUUGAAUACUCUUUUCCUUCCCCUCUAGAUUUGGAAGCAUAAACAGUUGGGUUUUCACUGUAUUUUUUGCAUCUUCGAGAUUCUUGCACAGGGCUCGUGCUUAGAGUGAGUGUGCCCGACACUUCUGCAUCUCUUCUGUAUUCUGCUGGAAGGCAGACCCAUUGUCAGGGCUGGCGAGAUGGCUGUCAGUAAGCACUUGCCUCUCAGAUUUCUGGAACCUACAGCAGCCUGGCAUGGCGGCCCAGUGGAGAAUGUGACAUAGGAGGUAGAAACGGGCAACUCUCUGGAAGCCUGUGACUCAGUGAGCCUGGGUUACAUGCUGAGAUUCCAGAAAAGGUGGGAUACACCUGAGGAGAGAUAACUGAGUCUGUUCUCUGGCCUUCACAAGUGUGUUGUACAUAGGCACAUUCUCUGCAUCCCUUCAGACACACACCACACACACGCUGUUACCCCACCCACACCCCAUGAUACCUGUUUGACUAAGCACAAUUCUCUUUGCUCUAAAGACACAGCCAUUUUAUUUAUUUCUCACUGGAAACAUGGUUUUAUCCUCUGAUCAUGUUCAUUCAACUCCCCACCUGCCUUUCCUAAUCUGAAAGCUCCUCUCUCUGACAUGGACAGAGAGCACGUGUGUCUUCCGGCUCCAGUCACAUCUUAUGAGAACAGAAAGUAAUGGGGAAAAGCCUCCAGAACCCUCUUAGGCCUUCUAGUGAAACUCUUGAAGUAAAUCAUCUCUUGGGUCUGGAUCUGAUUGGUCUCACUUGGUUUCCUACUUUGAAAUGCUUUUAACAAAGAGCAUGGUUUUUGCACUUGUGCGCCUGUGUGGUCUGUGAGCCCAGGGCAGGAACUUGUAAAACACCGUAGUGGGAAGAGGAGCUGCUUUAAGCCUGGUAUACUUUGGAGCCACUUAGUGGUCUGUAUGAGUGCCAAAGUCCUGGGCCCAGAGACUUGGAGUUAAUUGGUUCAGGUAGAGUCUGGGAAUUAGUACUUUUUAAAAAAGAAGAAAAAUUAAAAAUAAAAAAAAGUAAAAGCCUUCAUGAGUUUCCGAUGCACACCAGCCAGGGUUGAGGGCACUGGUGAAAUCAGAAUGGCAGGGUCCCCUGAAAUGGAGAAGGGUGUAUAUGGAUGUCGUUAAAAUGGAUUGUUGUGUCAAGUUCUUGACUAUCUUCUAAGCCUAACAAAAGUUUUUACACACUUGCCAAAGUUUCCUUACUUAUGGUGCCGUUGGUGGGUUGUCUCAGUAACUUCCUUUGUGUUUGAUGCUGUGGGCCAAGGUAUGGGAUACUUCAGUGUACCAAACAGUUUGAGCCAAGCUGCUUCAUAGUAGCCGUUUAAACCACGCCAUUCAGAUGUCAGCGUUUCUCCUGGCAAAUCAUAAUCUAUUGCCAUGUCUAGGAGUUAUUUCAAGGCUUGUGAGUGCUGGUCAUAUGCUAUGCUGAAAUUUGCUCAGUCUUUGGCCAGUUUCAAAAUUGAGCUCUCAAUCAUUCAGCCCCUCAUAUUCUUUCAUUCUCUCUCUCGUUGAUAUUUUUGGUAUGUCUGCCUCUUUAAUUAUGAAAUUAAAGAUCGAAACCAGUCUUUGCUGUUCCGGAUAUCGUAGUCUAGAAAUGAUGCCUCUGGAGCUGGGGAGAUGGAUCAGGAGGUAAAGGGUCUGUUGAGCAAGCGUGGAGCUUCGGGUUUAGAUCCUGGGGAUUCGUGCAAAACCCAAGCGUGGUGGUUUGUGCCUGUUACCCCAGUCUGAGGUAGGUCGAGGGUGGGGAGGGCAACCAGAUGGAUCCUGAAGCUCAUUGGCCAGCCAGUGUAGCCAAAUCUUUUAGCUUUGAUUUUAGAGGAGGUCUUUGUCACACACACACACAAAGUUGGUGAGAGAUUGAAGAGACAGACCCUUCACAUUGACCUUUAGUCUCCGUAUACUCACAUACACGUUCACCUCCCACACAUGAGCAUACAUCCACACCAACAAGCAUACAGACACACAUCACACAAAAGCAAUAUCUUAAAAAUAAAAUAUUUAAAAAUGUUUUUAAAAAUGUGAUAGAAACAGACAGUGGUCUCUGCAUUAGAGGAGGCAAGACAAGCGUUCUCCUUGAUUCUCUUCAGGAACUUUAGUGCCUUAUGUCACCACAGAGGAAGUCAAGAGGGCCUAAAAUGUCAUAGUUUAACUUCAAAAUGUCUUAAUUAAACCUGGGAUUUCAUUACUUCUGUUCAGAGGGGUCACCUUCUGAGAGUAUUUAGGAAGAACACCGUUUUUGUCCUCAAAGCGCAAUGAAUAUCUAAUUCUCAAUUCCUAUUAGAAUGGAGGGGUCGUUACUUUCUCUGACCUUAAAAUAAGAUUUCUGUAUUCACUCGAUUUAUCAUGGUGGGUGUUCUGCUAGUGAAGUGAAUUUUUAUUGCACCAGGAUUUUGUCAGAAAGUUUCUGAUUUGAAGGGGAUUUUCUGGCUCAGGGAACCCCCUGCUUUUAUUGAGGCUUUGAGUGACUUGGAUAAGUGUCACCUGCAUGGUAUUUUUUUUUAAUUUUUCAGAAGGGACACUUUUCAAUCAGGCCACUGGAAAUAGACAUCAGGGUGAAAAUGCGAGAGCAAACCUCUGAAGAGGCAGCCACCAAACAAGAUGAAUGGACACGGCAUUUCCUUCUGGCCAUGCUGGCGUCCUCUCUCCUCUGACCUCUACUCAUUUAUAAGACUGUUGAGUGUCCUAGCAGCUAAAGACAGCCUUUGGUUUCUCUGUGGCCUUAACUGGUUAAAUGAUAAUUCUCUUGGAAAUCGGUUGAAAACUGGAACCUUUUCCGUAGGAGAAUGUACAUCAUGUAUGAACCAUCAUUUUGCAAGCCUUUCUUGGUUGGGGAGGGAUGGAAGUUUGUGGACCUCUUAGAUCAAUAGACUGCAAUAUAAUAUAGAUUAAUCAACACUAUGGAAUGUAGACUGUGUCAUCCUUGAUCAAUUGGCAUGAUUUCUAUAAAGACCAAGAUAAUAAAUAUUUUUGGCUUUCUGUUUCAUGGACUUUUUUUUUUUAAAUCUUCUCAGCUCUUCUGUUGAAAUCUAAAGCCAUCAGAAAACAACGCCUAAAUGAACAAGCCUGGUGGCUAUGUUACAAUAAAAACUUAGAAAGCCAAGCAUGGGUUGUCCUUAGCUGACAAGGCUGUGGUUUGUCAACGCCUAUCUUAGACCAUCAAACAUAAAAUUCUAAUUGGUAAACUCAGUGAAUAGAGUUUUCAACUCCAUAUUUGGCUUAGUGGUGAGGCCUAUUAGGAAGCUGAAUAUAGGCAAAUAAAAUCAGAAAGAAUGGGGAAUUUUUUAGUUCCAUGAAUGUCAUCUGUUCGUUUCUCCAGGUAAGGAUUUAUUACCCCAGAAGGUGAUGGAACAGUUUUUUUCUAGGUUAUGAUAUCCUUUUCAUUACUAUGUAAUUGACAUCAUGACUGUUUAGUUUGGAAGAGGCACAUUCUUGGAUAUUAACUGUGUCUUUGGGGCUUAGCUUCUUUGCAUUUUCUUUUUCUCUGCCGUGGAAUGUGCAUGCAAUGGAGAGUCACAAACCCAAACA